AUGCUCUCUUUGCGAUCCCAGCCAGCCCUCUUGCACCCCCUGCUCUGCCUGCUUGUUGCACAAGGCGACCGAGGGGAUAGCUGCCAAGCAUGUGGGAUCCACAAGGAACCAAAUCUCGUCGACGUGAUUCACAGCAAGUGCUGCCACUUUGGCUGUAACAAGUCUUCCUACUACCGUAACUCUACCCAUCAAUACUGCAAGGUGCACUUGCCCACUUCGAACUUCCAGUCGCAGAUUCGGAGGAGAAGGAAACACAAGCCCCCGGGCUGCCAGGACGUCCGGAACCCUCGCUGCCAGCACCAGGGAUGCUUCAAGUAUGCCAACUACGGCCCGCAAGGCAGGAAGCCCGUCUACUGCGUUGGGCACAAACACCUCGACCACGUGAAGCGCAGCGGAGCUGGUCGGAAGCCUGGCAGACCCUCGUUGAAGUCCACUGAUUCGCCUCAGGGCCCCAGUGACCUGUCCGCCAUGCCCACCUCGGUCACUGUGCCUUGA